UCCAACAACAAAGCUCUCAACUUGCAAACCUCAAACCUCAAAAGACAAAACACUUUCUUGUUUCACAAGCUCCCAAGUUGUCACUUUGAUCCUCUUACAACUCUACUUCAACUGUCCCAAAACCUGUGCUAAUUCUGUUUCAUACCCUCUGUUCUGUGAACAAUGGAGAACUUGCUUCGUCUUGCUGAUCACGAAGACUUCUUCUCUCGCCGGUGCGUUUGGGUGAACGGUCCGGUGAUAGUCGGAGCUGGGCCGUCCGGGCUAGCCACGGCGGCUUGCCUUAGAGAACAAGGAGUGCCCUUUGUUGUGCUUGAAAGAGCAGAGUGCAUAGCGUCUCUGUGGCAGAAGCGCACCUACGACAGGCUGAAGCUCCACCUUCCCAAGCAAUUCUGCCAGCUCCCCAAGUUCCCUUUCCCUGAAGACUUUCCCGAAUACCCAACAAAGAAACAAUUCAUAGACUAUCUUGAGUUGUAUGCUAAGCGCUUCGAGAUCAACCCGCGUUUCAACGAGAGCGUUCAGUCGGCUCGGUACGACGAGACUAGUGGGCUGUGGCGCGUCAAGACGGCUGAAGCUGAAUACAUUUGCCACUGGCUUGUGGUGGCCACCGGCGAAAAUGCCGAGUGUGUGACGCCUGACAUUCAAGGACUAACCGAGUUUUCCGGCGAAGUUAUACACGCCUGUGACUACAAGUCCGGGGAAAAGUUCAAGGGAAAGAAAGUGCUUGUUGUGGGGUGUGGAAAUUCAGGCAUGGAAGUUUCUCUUGAUCUCUGCAACCACAAUGCCUCACCUUCCAUGGUGUGUCGUAGCUCGGUUCAUGUCUUGCCAAGAGAGAUUCUUGGGAAAUCUACAUUUGAAUUGGCGGUUUUGCUGAUGAAAUGGCUACCCCUUUGGCUGGUUGACAAGCUGCUGUUGAUUUUCGCGUGGUUGGUGCUCGGGAACAUUGAGAAAUACGGGCUAAAAAGGCCGGCAACCGGCCCUUUGGAGUACAAGAACACCAUGGGAAAGACCCCCGUCUUGGAUAUUGGUGCAUUGGAGAAAAUCAGAUCCGGUGACAUUAAGGUUGUUCCUGGAAUCAAGAGGUUUUCACGUGGACAAGUUGAGCUUGAUAAUGGGGAAAAGCUUGAUGUUGAUUCAGUUGUUCUGGCCACUGGAUAUCGCAGCAAUGUCCCAUCUUGGCUUCAGGAAGGUGAAUUCUUCUCCAAGAAUGGGUUUCCAAAGGCACCAUUCCCACAUGGGUGGAAAGGAAAUGCUGGGCUCUAUGCAGUUGGGUUCACAAGGAGAGGGCUCUCUGGUGCAUCUUCAGAUGCCAUGAGAAUAGCACAAGACAUUGGCCAGGCCUGGAAAGAGGAAACAAGGCAAAAGAAGCAAACCACCGCUUGUCAUAGAAGAUGCAUCUCACAGUUCUAAAACCAUGGGGAUUUCAAGUUAACCUGAUCCGGUGGUUCCUGUUUGUUUACUGAGAUUUUUGUAGACUGUAAAAAAGAAAAAAAAAAAAUGACAUUGUACAAACACACAAAUAAAGAAACAGACAGCAUAGAGUCAGAGCCCUCUCCCAAGGCCCAAGUUUUCAAAUGUUUUGGGCAUUUUGUAGACUCAGGAUGAUGAGGCUUUUUCUUCUUUUCUUAAAGUUUCAUACAGUUUGUGUACCAUAGUCAAUGAUGAUUUAAAUGGCAACCAGUUUCCUUUUUCA